CCUGCCUUCCUAAGGCAUCCAGCCACCAGCAAAGCCGCAGGCUAGGAGUUUGCAAAGACGAAGAGAUCUCUACCUCUGGUGGCACGGAGGGUGGCGCCAGCAGCUUUCCCAAUCUGGGCGGAGAGUCCAUGCAUCUCUGAGGCCAUCCACUGUGGUGCAACUUCCCCGGUGGCAAGGCAACUUUGGGCUAACCUGCAGUCUCGCUUCAAGUGGCUGGGUCCUGCGCACUGUGGCGACAGGAUGCCUAGGACCUACCUGUAGGAUCAUCAGGCAGAGCGGCUGACUCUUUCCUGGGACCUAAGCGCAGGGGCAUCUGCAGAAGCUCAAAGGAGGUACCUCAAACUAGGAUUUCUAAGGUCACCACCGAGAAGUCACCACCACUGCGCAGCUCCAUGGCUGGGCUGGUACACUGAGACUCAGGGAGAGGACAGGCAGGUCAGUGCCAGAGUGCUCCCAUAGACACCUGGACCGACCGCCGGGCCCCGCCCCACGUGCCACGCUUUAAAGAGCCUCAAGGCCCAGUGCUCCCUCAGGGUCGCGGUCGCGGUUGGUCAUGGAGGGCACGCCCGCAGCCAACUGGAGUAUCGAGUUGGACCUCGGGAGUGGAGUGCCACCAGGGGCGGAGGGUAACCUCACGGCCGGGCCGCCACGACGCAACGAGGCCCUGGCGCGCGUGGAGGUGGCGGUCCUGUGUCUCAUACUGUUCCUGGCUCUGAGUGGCAACGCGUGCGUGCUGCUGGCGCUGCGUACGACGCGCCACAAGCACUCGCGCCUCUUCUUUUUCAUGAAGCACCUGAGCAUCGCCGACCUGGUGGUGGCUGUGUUCCAGGUUCUCCCGCAGCUGCUGUGGGACAUCACCUUCCGCUUCUACGGGCCCGACCUGCUGUGUCGUCUGGUCAAAUACUUGCAGGUGGUGGGCAUGUUCGCCUCCACCUACCUGCUGUUGCUGAUGUCGCUCGACCGCUGCCUGGCCAUCUGCCAGCCGCUGCGCUCACUGCGCCGCCGAACCGACCGCCUGGCGGUGCUGGCGACGUGGCUCGGCUGCCUGGUGGCCAGCGUGCCGCAGGUGCACAUUUUCUCCCUGCGCGAAGUGGCGGACGGCGUCUUCGAUUGCUGGGCGGUCUUCAUCCAGCCCUGGGGACCCAAGGCCUACGUCACGUGGAUCACACUCGCCGUCUACAUUGUACCGGUCAUCGUGCUGGCCGCCUGCUAUGGUCUCAUCAGCUUCAAGAUCUGGCAGAAUCUGCGACUCAAGACAGCAGCCGCGGCGGCAGCUGCCGAGGGGAGUGACGCAGCCGGUGGAGCUGGACGUGCGGCGUUGGCACGGGUCAGUAGUGUCAAGCUUAUCUCUAAGGCCAAAAUCCGCACAGUGAAGAUGACCUUCAUCAUUGUUCUGGCCUUCAUCGUGUGCUGGACGCCUUUCUUCUUCGUGCAGAUGUGGAGCGUCUGGGACGUCAAUGCGCCCAAAGAAGCUUCUGCCUUCAUCAUUGCCAUGCUCUUGGCCAGCCUCAACAGCUGCUGCAACCCGUGGAUCUACAUGCUCUUCACGGGCCAUCUCUUCCAUGAACUCGUGCAGCGCUUCCUCUGCUGCUCUGCUCGGUACCUGAAGGGCAGCCGGCCUGGAGAGACGAGCAUCAGCAAGAAAAGCAACUCCUCCACCUUCGUCCUGAGUCGUCGCAGCUCGAGUCAGAGGAGCUAUUCUCAACCAUCCUCGGCAUGAGCCAUAGGCCUGGCCCACCAGGCCAGCUGCUGGGUGGUGUAGCCUCCAAUCUUCCCCUCUGGUGGCUGUGCAUGGAGCUGUAUAUGGUGCCUAUUGAUUGGUUUGCAUCCCUCUUCUCCUUGGGUUGGUUAGAUUGUGUGUCAUAUUCUGACUUGGGGUAGGGAAAUGUCUCCAUGGGAGAUGACAGGGUCACUCAGCCAUCAGAGGAUCACCUAGACUCCCACCUAUUUCUACUACCCUGACCCAAGUGUUCCUGGGCAGUGGGUAGAUUCUCCUGCACUUCACUUCUGUCCCCUCCACCCCUUGUUUAUCCUGGUAUCUUGUGAAAGAUGGCACGCCUAGGAUUGGUGACCAGUUACCUGAGGAAGUCCAGUGGGAUGAGACAAGGAGUGGGAAAUGAGGCUGCAGACGCAGAGUGGUGCUAAUUUCCUCCUGACCUGAGUUGUGUGGACAGAUCUUAGCAUCCUUAGGACAUCCCAGAAAGCACUGGGAGCUGGAAACUGAGCCGUGAAGCCACCUGGCUCUGGAAGGAAUGAGAACGAGGGCUGAAAGGUUGAAGAUGUUGUUGCUUGACAAACAUUUGGGAAGGAAAAGGAAAUGAGAGCCACCCAGGACAGACGAAGGAGGAGAGCUGUCUGCACACACACUGAUCCAUGCAUAUAUGAUCCUAGGAGCGCUCACACACAUGCAAGUAGUCUCUCUCUCUCUCUCUCUCUCUCUCUCUCUCUCUCUCUCUCUCUCUCUCUGCCCCCAUCUCUUCCCAGAGCUGACAGAUGAGUAGCAAGGUUAGUGCCAGAUCAAUGUACAGAGAAUGUUUAUAUUUCCUUAUACUGCUGGUGACCAAUGGGAAGGUGAAGUAAGGAGCACCCACCCAUAAAAGUCCCAGAAUGAGUAAAGGAGGGCUAGGGCUAACAGAGAAAACAGAGCAAGCCCAUGUCCUGAAGGCUGCAAAUAGGCACUUGAGGAAAGUUAAGGAGACUAGAUAAACGGGGCCACCUUGUGCUUGUGAAUCAGAGACGUAAUAUUAUUGGACAGAUUUGAUGUAAUCCUCAUCAAAUUCCUAGCUGGCUUCUGCAGAAAUUGAUAAAGUGAUCCUAAAAUUCCCAAGGAGAUGGGGAUUGGGGUGCUUAAGAUGCUUUUGGAUUUGUGAUGGGUGCACAAUUCUGAGAACGUAUUUAAAAUUAAUAGAGCAAACUCCAGCAGCUGAGGAGAUGGCUCACUCAGAGAAGUAAGUGUGUGCUGAGUGAGUGCGAGGACCCAACUUCAGCACCCAGCAUCCCAUCCGUGUAGACGCCAGGCUCAGCACCCAGCAUCCCAUCCAUGUAGACGCCAGGCUCAGUGAGCCUUAACCUCAGCCCUGGGAUGAGGUGAGGGUGACAGAUGAUCCUGUCAGAGACUUGCAAGGCAGCCAGCCUAGCAGACUGAUCAACUUCAAGUACAGCAAGAGACUCUAUCUCAAGACAAACAACU